AUGAACCUCGUCUUCCGCGAGCUGCACGCCUCUCAGCCACUGGACAGCACGCUGCGCUUUGCCUCUGCAGCCGCCGAGACGCUCCCGGACGUGACGGCACAGUACGACGUGUCGGCCGUUCCGACGUUUCUCUUCUUCGGCAAAGCCCGUCUCGUGCGUCGCCGUUCCGGCGCCGACGCAGCUGCGCUUUCCGCAGAUGUGGAGUGGCUGCAGCGCGCGGACGAGGCCGCGCUGCGCGCCGCGGCGUGCGAGAUGGUGGCGCGGUUGGGCGAGAUCACGGUGCUCAUGAAGGGCACGCCUGACAACCCGCGCUGCGGGUUCUCACGGCAGGUGGUGGAGCUGCUGCGCGGGGAAGGGGUGGUGUUCCGUCAUGUGGACAUUCUGGCGGACGAGGAGAUGCGUGCUUCGAUGAAGAAGCACGCAGAUUGGGCGACGUACCCCAUGGUGUUUGCGCACGGGAAGCUGGUGGGGGGCUUGGAUAUUUUGCGCGAGGUCAAGGAGAAUGGGACGCUGAUCGAGGAGCUUUCGAAGGGGGAGGGGGGCAAGGCGGAGCUGAGGCCGCCGGAGAAGGAGGAGGCUGGGGCGAAGGAGGUGGAAGGGGAGGCAGAGGGGAAGACGGAUGGGGAGGAUGAACUGACGGGGAGGUUGAAGGAGUUGACGAGACGGGCGGCGGUGAUGGUGUUUAUGAAGGGUGAGCCAGACGCGCCGCGCUGCGGGUUUUCGAGGAGGAUUGUGGGGCUGCUUCGGGAGGAAGGGGUGGCGUUCGAGAGCUUUGAUAUUCUACAGGACCCGGAGGUGCGAGCGGGGAUGAAGGUGUUCUCGGACUGGCCCACGUUUCCGCAGGUGUAUGCGAAUGGGACAUUUGUGGGGGGGCUGGAUGUGGUGACGGAGCUGCGGCAGGCCGGGGAGUUACGGGGGGAGCUGGGUAUUGGCGCUUUAUAGAUAGAACGUUGGGAGGUGGGGAGUAGCGAAGCACGGGGCUGGGAGGGGGUGGCGGCGGGCGGGGAAUGGACGGACAGAACGAUGCAGUGAGAUGCACGCUGAAUGCGGGGCCGCUCGCUCUUCCGCGCACCAAUGAAAGCCUCGGUCCGUAACGGCCGGCGUUUUUUCGCUA